AUGACGUGCAUGCGCAUCACCUAUUCAAGNUACACAAGCCCAAUUAAAAUUGAUUUGUUAGUCGAAGGUAAACAAGUUACGUUCGAACUUGACACAGGUUCACCGGUAUCUGCCAUUUCAGAGAAAGAGUUCAAGGACAAUGAGACAUUCUCGUAUUUACAAUUGAGUGAAACAAAUAGGAAAUUUCGAUCAUACGCUGGUACUCCAAUGAUUCCACGAGGAAUUUUGAAUGUUGAUGUUUCUUAUAAGGAGAAAUUAUUAAAUUUAGAGUUAUUUGUCAUGCCAGGUAGUAGUAAACCAAUUGUGGGUCGAGAAUGGAUCAGAAGACUUGAUAUUUUGUCAGUAAAGUCAGCAGGAAAUGUCGAGAUUAAUAAUGUUAUUAAUGAAGUAAGUUUGACUGUUACAGAAUUAAAAGAAAAGUAUUCUUCUGUAUUGACUGACAAGCUGGGGCUUUACAAACAUGGCAAAUUCAGAUUAGAACUCAAAGGGGAUGCUAAGCCAAUUUUUAUUCGACCACGAGUCGUACCUUAUGCAAUGGUAGAGAAAAUUGAGAAAGAAAUUGAGAGAUUAGUUGAUGAAAAAAUAAUUGAACCGGUAAAAUCUAGUGAAUGGGCAACGCCUAUUGUGCCAGUAUUGAAGCCCAAUGGUCAAGUAAGGUUGUGUGGAGAUUAUAAAGUGACUGUAAACAAGCAAAUUGAUAUUGACAGACAUCCAAUCCCACGAAUUGCAGAUUUGUUAGCGAAAAUUCGUGAAGGACAGGUAUUUAGUAGGAUAGAUUUGAGUCACGCUUAUCAACAGGUAGAACUAGAGGAAAAAUCAAAACUACUUACUACAAUUUCGAUACAUAAAGGGCUCUACGUGUACAAUCGUUNUCCGUGGUUCCCGGUAGCUUAG